CUCAAUCGCUUCGUUCCCGAGCGGCUUGAGAGCUGGGAGCAAUGAGCUUGGUCUAUCCACUCCUGCGGCUCCCGUGCCGCUGCGCACUCGCGUCGGCGCCGCGGGCCGCCGCGGCGUCGGUGGUGUCGGCCUCGGCGGUGGACGGCGGGGGCGGGGACGGGGAGCUGACGGCGCGGGAGAGGAGGGAGAGGCGGAGGGAGGCGAGGGAGCUCAAGGCGCGGGACUGGAAAGAGGAGGUGGAGGAGCGGCUCAUCCACGAGCCGGCGCGGCGGCGGAAGAAGCCGCCGAAGCGGACGUGGCGGGAGGAGCUCAACCUCGACUUCCUCGCCGAGCACGGCCCGCAGUGGUGGCUCGUGCGCGUCUCCAUGGCGCCCGGCACCGACUACGUCGACCUCAUCACCAAGGCCGUCGCCCGCCGCUUCUCCGAGGUCUCCUUCAAGAUUUACAAUCCUGCAAUCCAAGUGAAGAAGAGGCUGAAAAGUGGUUUGAUCAGUACCAAGUCAAAACCUCUGCAUCCUGGGCUGGUCUUUCUGUACUGCACCUUAAACAAGGAGCUUCAUGAUUUCAUCAGAGACACCGAAGGUUGUUAUGGUUUCAUUGGAGCUACAAGAGGUUCUAUUAAAAGGCAGAUUAAGAAGCCUAAACCUAUUCCAGUUGAAGAGGUCGAAUCAAUUAUUAAAAAGGAGAAGGAGGAACAAGAGAAAGCUGACAAAGAAUUUGAAGACCUGGAAAACUGGGAUAAGGGGUCUUUUGGUAAACCCGUUGAAGACUCUGAACUUAUGUUAAUUAAUAAGAUCAAGAAACAGGUCAAGAAAUCAACUUCAAAAGGUGCCUCCAGCAACGACACUUUUACGCUCGGUGCCAGUGUUCAUGUUCUCUCCGGGCCUUUUGCAGGCUUCACUGGCUCUCUUCUGGAAGUAAAUCGCAAAAAUAAGAAGGUUACUGUCCAGAUGACACUUUUUGGCAAGGAGAGCUUUGUAGAUCUAGAUUUUGAUCAAAUUGAGGCACUCAAUACUUAAUGGUAGGCACAGACCACUGUAUCAGUAGUUUUGUUUUUCGAAAUAGAAUCAGAAGUUUUGUCAGUUGGGCCCUGGAGAUAUGAAUAAAGCACUUGGGGUAUAUGGAUCUGUUGAAGACCACUGGAUUGGGUGACAAACACAAGAGAAGAGUUAGCCCGUGGGCCAGUAAACGUUAAGCCCCUGACAGGUGUUAAACGCUGGUUUGCGAACGAGGAUCGGAUCUGUUGAACCAGGGAAAUCGCGGACCUGACCUGACCUCCACUUGGUUGCUAAGGCCCUGUACAAUGCAAGGUGCUUGGAGUAGAUGCUUAGAGAAAUAAACCAGUUUUUCUCUAAGCACCGGUGCUUAUUUGUAGAGAGUAGACGCUUAAGUAAGCGUCUAUCAUGUAGAAAUAAGCACCGGUGCUUAAGGAAAACUCAGUUUAUUUUACUAAGCAUCUCCCUAAGCACCUCCCAUUGUACAAGGCCUAAAGUUCCACCUCGACCCAGUUAUAUCAUGUAGAGAACAAUGCUUCAACACUUUGUAUUCUUUUUUAGCACAAUAGGCUAUUCGUUCAUUUAAUAAUUGUGAUCAGUACAUGCAUUUACCAACCAGUUCAAAUGGGGCAAAA